AGUGUCAAGACUGACAAGACGGGUGCCAUUUUUAUCAGAGGUUAAAUAAAAAUCAUGCAUUAUUUCCGAUAUCUUUUACUUUCUUUUUCUCUUAUGUCUUCUUCUCCUCUUUUGAUUAUAAAAAAGGAUACUAUAUCACCGUAUGAGAUAGUUUUGACAUCCAUAGAGAAUAACAGCCUUGAGUCACCUGAAUCGCAUACUUCUGCUGACUAUGUCUCUCAUGGACAAGAACCUGUGUUUUUUAAACGACCUACACCUAAAUUAAAACACCAUUCAUUUGCUCACAAAGAGAAUCUCCUUAAAGGAGAAGAUCAUGCCCUUACAUCCCUCAAGAUAGAAAUUGCAGAUAAACAACAGGAGAUUCAUACCUUAAUAAACACCAAAAUCAAAGCAGAAGAAAGAUACAAAGAUGACAUUUGGAAUUUAGAAGUACAAAACCAAGAUUUAUUACAGAAAAUACAUGAUUUGUCACAGCAGUUGGCUAAGUCGAGUUCAGAACAGACACGGCUUUGUCAACAAGAAAAGAAACUAAGCAGUGAACUAGAACAAUUAAAAGCAGUGCGAGACAAUGAAUUGAAAAUGACCAAACAGCAAUAUGAGCAAGAAAUCAUGAUGUAUAAAAAAAUGAUGUUUACACAACGUCAAGAGAAAGAACAAGUACUGAAAGAACUACAACAUGCCUUGGUUCAGCAAAAGGAAGAACAAGAGUCGACAUGUGUUGUCUUGCAGCCUAUAACAAACCUGAAAGAGUCUUUGACACAACAACAUCCUACGUUGCCCACUCUAAAGAUACGUUCACCGCAAAUACAGCGAAAUGAACAUCUAUUGGAGGCGCAAGUACUCAAGGCCUCACUUGAACAAGCUCAUGACAUUAUCCAAACAAUGCAAGCAAAAAUAGAUCAAGAAAGACAAGAACGAAUAGAGGUGGAUAAACUAUUAAGAGAAGCACAGGAAAUCAUCGAACACCAUUGCGGCAAAAGUUUACCAGUAUCGCCUUCAUCGCCCACGAUCAACAAGACCAAAAGAAAUGAACGACGAUGGACUCCUUAUCAAAAGCCAUGCAAAUCACUAUCAGAUGAAUUGGGACAUUCAAUGAAUGGAAUGGAACAAGACAAACAGAGCUUCAUGCGAAUUGAAUUAGAAGCAUCCAAACAAGACAUACCAAAACAACAAGUCAUGCAAGUAGUACCCAUCAAAGACCCUAUUCAAAGCACAUUGGUUAUGCCAUUAAAGCCUUCUUGUCAACAACGCAACCCAGUUGUCCCUCAUGAAAAGCCCAUGAUGUCACUCGAACAGCCCAGUACAACUUCCUUGGAUUCAGGCGUAAUUACCAGUGAUAUGUCAUGUCAAACAAGUCCUCAACUCCACAAGCCUAUUCAACUUGAAUCGACUCAACUUCAUUCAUUUACAAACCACCCAGAAGAGCAGACUGUGUUUCCAUCCGUGACUUCAGGUCAUUUUGGUAUUUUGAUCAAAGAACCCGAGAGUUACAUAUACUCGUCUUCCAAAGCAGAAGACGAUGAAUCCAUUCAACAGCAGUCGCUUAUCUCCACAUUAGACUUUGAAGCCAGAUCGAGUCUUGACUUAUUACUUGAACCUUUAUCCAACCAACAAGUCCAAGGUGUCUCAGCAGCAUUGACACGGUCUAUGAUAGGUAAUUGGAUGUAUAAAUACAAGCGUAAAAUGGUAGGCACAGGUAUUUCUGAAAAGAAGCAUCGUCGAUUCUUUUGGAUCAAUCCUUAUACAUAUACAUUGUAUUGGAGUCUAUCAGAACCAAGUGCCACCAGUCAAUCUCAAGUUAAGAGUGGUAAAGAAACAGGCUUCAUUCAAUGAAGAUGAUUCAUUCUUUUUUUUAGGUUUUAUUGAGUCUUAUCGUGUCUUGAAUGAUCCAAGAGGAGCCUCUAUGCCACCUAACUUAAUGAUCAAGACACCUACACGCCCUAUCAAAAUCCAAUGUCUUGACUUUGAAUGUCAUUAUUCAUGGAUCAAGGCAUUGAAUUCAUUAUCUACUCAGUCUAAACCAGCCAUCUUUAAGGCAACACAAUCAACACUGAUUGAUCUUUGUUUAAGCCCCAAAGAAAAAGAUUAAAGA